GUACGGAAACCACGUGCUAUGUCAAAGGAAGGUGUGGCUGGGGUCUAUCUUUCAGAAUCUCUACUGAAAUGCACAUUUAUGGACUAACAGGUGGUAUUGCAAGCGGGAAAUCGACAGUAUCAAGACAACUGGAGCGACUGGGUUGUCCUAUAAUAGAUGCUGAUCUGAUCUCAAGACAAGUUGUAGAACCCGACACUGCUGCCUGGAGAGCAAUCAUAGGAACGUUUGGUGUUCAGGUGCUUAAUGAUGACCGGACGAUCAAUCGCCCGUUGCUUGGUUCAAUGAUAUUCUCAGAUGAUGAGAAAAGACACACUUUGAAUGCCAUCACCCACCCAUACAUACAAUACAGAAUGUUGUGGCUGCUACUCAAAUAUUUUAUUCUAGGUAAAUCUUUCGUUGUUCUUGUAACUCCACUUCUAUUUGAGAGCAGUCGUUUUCUCAAAUUCAUGAAAAUGGUCAUUGUUGUCAAUUGUACAGAAGAGCAGCAGUUGGAAAGAUUAAUGUCCAGAGAUGGUCUAACUGAAGAAGAAGCAAUGAAGAGAAUAUCUUCUCAGAUGCCGCUUAGCACAAAGUGCAGGAGAGCUCAGUUUGUUAUAGAUAAUACUGGAGAGAGGGGGCAAGCUGAACAGCAGGCGCUUCACUUGUUUAAUAAUAUGAAAAGGAUGUCCUUAUUUUGUGGCCUGUACAAAUGGAUAUGCGCCGCUUUAGUGUUAACAUUAGUUAUUUUCUAUGCUGUUUAUUUCUAAUCAUUAAUGAAAUUAUUUGAAUCGAAACAAAAUAAUUAUUUUUUGCGUCUUUCAUUCGUGCUCUAAAAAUAAAACAUUCUAUUAUUGCAGAACCAUCUUUCUCAUUUG